UGGAGGAUGAUGAUGAAAAGAUGAAAGCGAACAUCUCGAAUCAAAAUAGUUUGUCGUGACUGCGCGGCACUCGACACUCCAGCUUUUGACGGCAAUGGAAAUGCAGUGAGCUGAACUUCAUCCGUUUCGCAAGCAUGACCGGAAGUGCAUCCAAUAACCCAGUGCUGUACCCGCACUCUGUAGACUUUACUGGUCGUCCCCCACCUCCAAACGAGGGAUACAGCUGGGAACAUAUCAAGGAAGCAAUUGAUUCCAACUCGCUUCAUGCUCUGCGACGCACGGACAAGGGACAAUAUGAAUACGAGCAAUGGCAGGGACAGAUCGACCGGUCAAGGUACAGCAACGUUGGCGAGUAUAUAGUCUAUACUAUUCUACACUGGCCGGAUCUGAAAGACCCUGCAGAGGCAGAGCCUGCAGUAGGCAGUGAUCAGACCCUUGUGCAAAGAUACAGAGCAACCGAGCCGCGGAUCACCAUCAGGCUCAAUCAUUACCCCUUCCCUGUUCAGGAAUCGAUUCAGUACUUCGUGCUCUGGUCCUCAAGAGACAUGAGCAUGCCUGAAGAGCGCAAACGCUUGGAUUUGUACCUGAAACAGCAAUUCGAAGGUAUCCCAGGCACAUCCUCCAAAGGCCUAUCACCCGAACUCUUACCGCCAGCGCCAGGAAAGAAGAAGAAUUGGAUGUGGUUCGUUAACCCGAUCGAGCUCCGCAGCGUUGCAACAGUGCACCAUUUGCACGUAUUUGUGCGGGAUAUCGAUCUAUGAUAGAACAAGCGACAUCACGUGGAAUAAUAAAGGCAUUGUGCCCAAA